CCGCUGCGGCGGGAGCGCGCAUCAGUCUGCACCUGACUCCGGGGGAAACAUGUCUCGUCUCGUCGCUCGUCUUCUGCUGGCCGCUUCUCCGCAUGCAGCAGUCAGAUCUGCGGGGGUGCCGAGCAGGAUCCCACCGCUCAGCCGUCCUCUGUUCACCUCUCAAGGCCUGCAAUCUCUGACACGUUAUAAUAAGACUGCAGAUUGGCAAAAGAAACUCACUCCAGAACAGUAUGUGGUCACCAGAGAGAAAGGAACCGAGGAGCCUUUUAGUGGGCUCUACCUGAACCAUUUUGAAGUAGGGAUGUACCACUGCAUCUGCUGUGAAGUUCCACUUUUCAGCUCAGAGGCUAAGUAUGACUCCGGUACAGGCUGGCCAGCUUUUAAGGAGGCUCAUGGGACAUGGGAGCGUGAUGAAAGUCACGCUUCCAUCAUCCGUCGUCCUGACAACAGCCUGGGUAGUACUGGGACGGAGGUCAUUUGUAAAAAUUGUGACGCCCACCUUGGCCACGUGUUUGAGGAUGGGCCAGACCCCGCAGGUCAGCGGUUCUGCAUCAACAGUGCGGCUCUCAAAUUUAGACCCAGAGAAAGCGAGGUUCCUGACGAGAACGAGCAGAAGUGAUGAACUCCCAUCAGCUACGACUUUUUACAACUCGUUUUACUACCUAGCCGGAGCAUUUAUUUAAUUCUCUUGACCUAAACAUGCUUUAAAGUGAGAGGCUUUAGCAGCACCCAAGUGUUCUGCUGGUUAAAUUUGCUACACUCUGUUAAUGAAACCACAUGUCCCUUUUUACUCAUUGCAUUGAUGUUUUUACUCAUGUUUAUUGAGCACAAAUGUUUUUCUUUUUUAAGCUAGAAUGUAAUUUGAAAGAUUUUUCAUCUUUGUAUAAGAUAUGGACAUUUACAUUUACUGUAUCCAUUAAUCAUAAAGAAAGUCUUAAGCAACA